AUGGCACAUUGGCCAACGAUUUUUCAACUCUACUUGAUACUACUAUUCGUGCAUGUGGCACAAUUCUCCGAAGCUACUUGGCCUGGUCCUCGUUUGUUUAAUUUGUCUGGUUCGAUUAACAAUCAAUCAACAGGAGAUCUUGGCACGACAUGGGCGGUUCUUAUAGCUGGGUCAAAAGGGUACUAUAAUUAUCGUCAUCAGGCAGAUAUUUGUCAUGCGUAUCAAAUACUUAAAAAGGGAGGAUUAAACGACGAAAAUAUAAUUGUCUUCAUGUACGAUGAUAUCGCCUUUAAUCCAUUGAACCCAGUCCCUGGUAUCAUAUUUAACAAUCCCAGAGGCCCAGAUGUGUAUGCCGAUGUGCCAAAGGAUUAUACGGGUGAAAAUGUCACGGCAGCCAAUUUCCAUGCUGUGCUUCUUGGCAACAAAGCAGGUGUAAGUGGUGGAAGCGGGAAAGUCUUAGCAAGUAAACCUAACGAUAAAAUCUUCAUAUAUUACGCUGAUCAUGGUGGCCCUGGAGUUCUUGGGAUGCCGAACACGCCUUUCAUAUUUGCAGAUGAUUUGAUCCAAGUUUUGAAUCUUAAGUAUGCCAGUCGUACCUAUAGUGAGAUGGUCAUAUACGUUGAUGCAAGUGAAAGCGGAACUAUGUUCCAAGGUAUGUUGCCUAUGGAUUGGAACAUUUAUGUGACAACUGCAACAAAUAUGUACCAAAAUAGUUGGGCCACGUAUUGUCCCGAAACAAACCCUCCCCCACCUGCAGGACUCGAAGUUUGCAUAGGUGACUUAUACAGUAUUUCAUGGAUGGAAAACAGUGAAUCGGAAGAUUUGCGUAAUGAGACUUUGAGACAACAAUACUUGAAGGUGAAGAUGAGGACUUACAAUAACCAUUCCUCUCAUGGAUCUCAAGUGAUGCAAUAUGGUACUCUACACAUAAGCAAUGAAACUGUUUCAGAAUAUCAAGGUUCGUUACCUUGGAGCUUGAACAUGAAUAAUUCAGCUCAAUCUUUUGAACCCAUGGGUGUUGUCAACCAAAGAGACGCAGAUCUCUAUUCCAUGUGGCAAACGUACAAGAAAUCAACAAAAGUAUCACAACAGAAGGAUGAACUACUCAAGGAAAUCAACGAAAUAACGGCAUAUAGGGCACAUUUGGAUAGGAGUGUCGAUGUGAUCAAAGGCUAUUUAUUAGGGAAGGGACAUGAAUCAGUUAGAAGUGAAGGAGCAGCCCUUGUAGAUGACUGGAAAUGUCUUAAGUCUAUGGUUCGAACAUUUGAGACACAUUGUGGAUCAUUAACUCAGUAUGGCAUGAAACAUACACGAACAUUCGCAAACAUAUGCAACAACGGUGUUACUGCAGAAGCCAUGGACAAAGCUUCAAAGAUGGCGUGUAGCAGAUAUAACUUGGGGCAAUGGAAUCCUGCGUUUGUCGGUUACAGUGCUUGA